AUGGCUGACAAUGAGAAUGAAAGUGAACUUCUUGAUUAUGAAGAAGAUGACAAUGAAACUACUGCUGAUGGGGCUGGUGAUGGUCCCGCUAAAAAAGAUGUUAAGGGAACAUAUGUAUCUAUUCACAGUUCAGGUUUCAGGGAUUUUCUUUUGAAGCCUGAAUUACUCAGAGCCAUUGUUGAUUGUGGUUUUGAGCAUCCUUCAGAAGUUCAGCAUGAGUGUAUCCCGCAGGCCAUUUUGUCAAUGGAUGUAUUAUGCCAAGCUAAAUCCAAAUGGGCAAAAACUGCAUAUUUGUGCUGGCUAGACCCAGAAACUAGAGCCAAUAUGCGGAAAGAUGUUCAAGAAAUAUUCCGUAAUACUCCACAUGAGAAGCAGGUUAUGAUGUUCAGUGCUACACUGAGCAAAGAGAUUCGUCCAGUUUGCAAGAAGUUUAUGCAAGAUCCUAUGGAAGUGUAUGUUGAUGAUGAUUCAAAGCUUACCUUGCAUGGAUUGCAGCAACAUUAUGUUAAACUGAAAGACAAUGAAAAGAACCGAAAAUUGUUUGAAUUGUUGGAUGUUCUUGAAUUCAAUCAGGUAAUAAUAUUUGUCAAGUCUGUUCAACGAUGUAUGGCAUUGGCUCAGUUGUUGGUGGAGCAGAAUUUCCCUGCAAUAGCAAUUCAUCGGGCAAUGACCCAAGAAGAAAGAUUAUCUCGUUACCAACAAUUUAAAGAUUUUCAGAAGAGGAUUUUAGUUGCUACCAAUCUUUUUGGUCGUGGUAUGGAUAUUGAGAGAGUUAACAUUGUAUUCAAUUAUGAUAUGCCAGAUGACUCUGACACCUACCUCCACCGGGUUGCCCGUGCUGGCAGAUUUGGAACUAAAGGCCUGGCUAUAACUUUUGUGUCUGAUGAAAAUGAUGCAAAAGUUUUAAAUGAUGUCCAAGACAGAUUUGAAGUCAACAUUACCGAGCUGCCUGAUGAAAUUGAUAUAUCUUCAUACAGUAAGUUGGCUUAUUUAUAA